UUUUUUCUGGGACCUGGCAACCCUGCUCAUUCGGGUGGAGCUCUUUUGAACUUUUCUUUUCGGUCCUAUUGUUUUUGUUGAUGUUUCUAAAGAAGCAAAUUAGCCCAUGAAUUAAGCGUAAUACGUUUUCUUUGAAUGAAGACCGAUUUUUACAUUUAAAAAAAAAAAAAAAAAGUUUUUACCGUUUUGCAGUCUUUGUGUGACAUCACCUGAUAAAGAUGGGGUUAAACGAAGAGAAGAAUCAAACAUGUGGGACCAUCUGCAUGAAAUACCUGCUCUUCACCUUCAAUUUCCUGUUUUGGCUGGCAGGAGGUGCAGUGAUGGCUGUGGGCACCUGGACGUUACUUGAGAAGAGCGACUACAUCAGUCUGUUGUCCUCAAAGAUUUACGCUGUCUCUGCCUAUAUACUCAUCAUGGCUGGGGUGAUCGUCAUGGUAACAGGGGUUUUAGGCUGCUGUGCCACCUUCAAGGAGCAACGACGCCUUCUGAGAGUGUAUUUUGUCCUAUUGCUGUGUAUUUUCCUGUUGGAAAUCCUUGCUGGAGUUUUGGCCUAUAUUUAUUACCAGCAGCUGAAUGAGGAACUGAAGGAGAACCUGAGGAAUACUAUGGUUCAGAAAUACCAUCAGCCUGAGCAGGAGCAUGUGACAAAGGCAGUGGACAAACUACAGCAGGAGUUCAAGUGCUGUGGCAGUAACAGCUCCUCUGAUUGGGCGGAGAGCAUUUGGAUCCGCUCAGGUGAGGCUGACCAACGGUCGGUCCCUGACAGUUGCUGUAAGAGCCCAGUCAUAAAUCUCUGCGGUCAAAGAGACCACCCCUCAAACAUCUAUAAAGUAGAGGGUGGCUGCAUCACAAAGCUGGAGAACUUCAUUCUGAAUCACUUGCAGAUCAUUGGUGCGGUGGGGGUGGGCAUAGCCUGUGUGCAGAUUUUCGGCAUGUUUUUCACCUGCUGUCUGUACAGGAGUCUGAAAGCAGAGCCAUACUGAAGAGGGACAGCUCAACUGGAGCAUUAAUCAAUGACCAUCAUCCUCCAUGCCAUUUUUGUUUCACAAAAUUUUAAAGAAGUAUGUAGUUUAUGCAGCACUAUAGUGGCACCUAGCAGAUUUUACAAGCAUAUUUUUAAAUACCUUUCACGUAUCCUGCCUCCCCUAACUCAAACAUCACCAAUACAUCUCAAAUGGGUGCUUAUGAAGGCAUGUCUCAACAGGUAAAAGUAGGCUAUUUUCAAUAAAAGUAUAUAUUAGGAAUACUUUUAGCUGUGUUGCUAUGUGUCAAUUAAGCAAAUGAGUAGACUGUCUAGAGCGAAUGCAAGUGUCUUGCUUAUAAUAAAUCCAUCCAAAAUAUCUGCGACAGGUGCAUUUUUUGACAUGAUGUUCCACAAUGGUUUGAGGUGGUCUACACUGGACACAUCAAAGUAAACAUUAUAAACGGAUACAUUUGUGUUUCUGAACAGCUGCAUGAUGAUCCUGUAUGGUAUUGAAGCGUCCAAAUUUUUGCUUGCACUUCUGUAACCAAAUUUGUAAUUUUUUCUGUAAUUUUGUCUGGCUAAACAUCUUCUCGCUCUGCCUGCCACUGUAGCCACUCCACUCUCACUAUAGGUUGUGCUGGAAAUAGAUUGACAGAUCUGAGCAGACCGCUGUCAAUGUUUAAUGAUUCCUGGGAGGCUUGAUGUUUACAUUUUUCGGGGAGAUAAACCCAUGAAUGGCAUGCUAAUAGUAGUCAAUGAACAAUAAACUGGGUUAAGUAUUUUAACAUAAAAA